GUCCAGGGGCAGACUGACCAUUUGGAAACUCGGGCACUGCCUGAGGGCCCGGGGUCAGUAGGGGGCCCCAUGAGAUGCCCCUGGUACCUUUUUCAUAGGCUUUUUUGAGUUUGGGCAAGGAUACAGGGGCCCCAUGAUCCCCUAUUGCCCGGGAGCCCCAUGAGUUGUCAGUCCGCCCUGGCACUGUCCCAUUGCUGCCUAUCAGUGCCGUCCAUUACUGCUGCCUAUCAGUGCCCAUUAGUGCUGCCUAUCACUGCCCAU